GAUGGCUAGACUGAGGCAGAUGAACAUCUGGUUCGAGGUCAUAUGUGCUUGUGAGUGUGGGGACAAUUAGCUGUAGAAGAAACGAAGCACUUCUUUGAAAAGGUGUGGGAGUUUGAAGCAUGCCAAGUGAAAUAGAAAGGAUGACUACAACCAGCCUUGAUGACCCUCAAAGUCCGAGAAAUCUAACUGGAUUGGCUGUGAGUUCCCCCCUCUCUCAGAAGUACAGACCCUCAGGGCCAAGCCUAUCAUGUCUACAGGAGUACAACCAGUGGUUACCUAUCCGCCAUGACGCCAGCCUCUUCUCCAUGAAAGAAGAUCUAGCUCUCUGGCUAAACUCCAUCAUGGGGUUAAACCUCACUGCAGAUAGUUUCAUGGAAAAGUUGGACAAUGGCGUUCACCUUUGUCAGCUGGCACAGGUGCUCCAAGAGAAAAUGAUCCUUGACAACAAUGACAAGCCUUUUGUCAAAAGAGUGAUUCACUGGCGUGCUGAUGCUACUUCUGGAUCCUUUUUUGCCCGAGACAAUACUGCUAACUUCCUCUACUGGUGUCAAAAGAUUGGAGUUGAUGAAGCAUACCUUUUUGAGUCUGAGGAUUUGGUUCUCCACAAGCAACCUCGGAAGGUGUGUCUAUGCCUCUUGGAGCUGGGACGGAUUGCAGCCAGGUAUGGAGUGGAGCCGUCAGGGCUAGUGAAGCUGGAAAAAGAGAGAGAAAGAGAGGGGGCUGAGAGCUUAUCUCCGUCAUCUCCUCUCUACUUCUUAUAUCCUACAUCAUUGUACUCACAGCCAACAUCCUCCUUACCCCAAGACCCCUCCCUUCCUCCUUCACCUGCCCCCCUCACUUCGAACACAACCUCUCUGCCUGAACCUCUUUCUGACUGCGUUACCUCUGAUCUUCCAUCAGCCACCACAGACCCUCUACCUACAUGCUUGCCCCCUCCCCAGCCCUCCCUCCCAGUCUCUAACCUUUGUACAAGCACAGCCUCAACACAACCCUCUUUGUUGUCUUCAUCCUGCACCACUGAAACAUCUGCUUCAGCUCUGCUGUCAGCAAACCUAACAGACCAAACCCUGGGAUCCUCUGCUGAAGUCUGCCCUGACACAGAAAACAAACAGAAUCCAGCAGCCUGCAAAUCUACCAUCCCCUCCCAACAACCCACACAAACUGCUCGCUCUUCCAACAAGUCCCGAAAACCGAGGAGCAUGAGCACAAGCACUUUGGAUGAUAUGGUGAAGAGCAUUAUUGAAAAUCCUCCCUGCAGCUGUCCCACCAGGUUUCCUGUUGAGAAGCAGCCGAAAGGCUGCUACCGUGUUGGGGAAAAGGUUCUGUAUUUACGGAUGCUGAAUGAGCGUGAUGUUAUGGUUCGAGUUGGCGGUGGGUGGGACGGUUUCAUAAGUUACCUGCAGAAACAUGACCCCUGCAGAGGUGGAGGAGGAGGAAGGGGGACACCAGGCAGGUCUGAGGUCAGGGGCUGCCGUGACAAAGUGAAGUCAGCAGGCCUGAAGAUUUCAACAGAAAAUUAUAUGGUGGUUGGUGUCAACCAUCAGGUAAAGAAGUAGAGUCUGAAAGUCCUUCUGGCCUCAGGGUCAGUUGUUGUAAUCAAACUGCUUGAAAACGUUUUACCUCAGUGUUUAAAACAAAAGCCAUCUUUUUUUGUUAACUCUCUGCCAGAGAAAACUACUUUUCACCAUAUCUGUGAUGCUUGCCACAAUUACAUUGCUUGAAAACGGCUCAUUGAGUUAUUGUUAAAAAUAUAACAGUAAUUUGUCUAUGUGUUUUAUAAGUAAAUGUCAAAUAAUUUAUCUUAAAUAUUCCUUCCACUUUUAUUAAUGUUUACAUCAUUUAACAAAUUAGAUAAAAUUCUCACACUUUGAGAUGGGCAGAACAGUAGCCAUGACACUGGGGUUCUGCGCUUUUAAACCAUGUUUUUUCUCUGACCAGUACUUUAUUAUAAUUUAGGCUCUGUUCACAAUAGCUCACCCAUCCCACAGAUGAUAAUCCCAACAUAUUGAAGAUAUCCAAUAUGUUUUUUAACUGGUAAUGUUAUGGUCGAGCAGUUUAGAUAAAUUUUAAUACGCAUCAUAGAGCCCCUUGUUGAAUUGGAAGCCCAUCCAUGGGGCAGCAAAUGUUGUGCAAUUGUAUACAUUUAUCUUAUGUAAUAUUUAAUCAGUUAACUCUCAAAAUAUAAGAAUUUAUUAACCAAAUAAUUCAACUCAAGGUCCAACAUAUUUCAGUCAAAAACUCUUAACUAAGCAGAUGAAACUCAACUAAGCUCUAUAACUACUAUGUACAGAGAAGGAAAGGCAAUAUAAAUGGUUAAAAAAAACAUUGUCAAUAAAGUGAUAAAAUCACAUUACAGCUCUGCAUUGAUUUCAUUCUUGAAACCAAAGUUAAUCUUUAGGAAUUUCUAAAGAAAUCCAAUUAGCUUUCAGCUAAUUUAGAGCUAAUGGGAUGUGUUCAGACCAAUGUACAAUGGAAAAAUAAAAGAGGUACACAAUACUUUUUGUAAAAUAAUAUUUUUUGGACUGAUUUUCCCUGAUCACAGAUCAAUAGCCAUCUAGAUAAUUGAUUGUUAAUGUAAUGUUAUUGCUGUGGGACUUUAAAUGGGUAAGGAACUCUCAUGGCAGUGGGUUUAGCUUUGGUUAGCCAGGUUUGGUUUAGACAAAUCUAUUACCAGCAAACAUAAAGAAACUCACUUUAAAGGAGAUAUCUGUCAUAUUGUAGAUCUCAAAUAUAAUAAAGGGACCCUAAAACUCAUAGACAUUAAUGUCGUAUAAGUAUUGAAGCACUCAUUGAAAUAAGGUUUACCAUAAGUAUGUAAAUAAUACUCAAAAUAUGUUAAUGUCUGAUUUGCUAGUAUGCGGUCAGAUUGCUCUCAAAAUACAGCCAAACACAUGAAAUGAUCAGAGACCCAACAUUUUUUGUCCGAAACACUGUCCCUGCAUCUGGUACCUAUGUUAAUCACCAGUUUGAGGGAGCUAAGGUAUGUCUAAUGGCCAGGGAAAGUUUAGCAUGUCCAAGCCGUGGCCUAGUCAGGAGGGCUUGCUGUUUCCUCUGUGAGGCCUCAUGCAACUGACUUUUAAAUCUCCAAGUGACCUUCUCCAAUCAUCACAAGUUUCAAUGAAGUUGUCAUUAAUUGAAUUUACUAAUACAGUAUCUAUAAAUAUACACAAUUGAAUCAGAUCUACUGUUACUCUUAAUUUUUCUUGUCAGUCCUAGUGAUAUUUUGGCAUGAUUUUAGUUUUUUGCUCAACACGUGCCAUUUUUACAGAUUAGCUUCAGUCAAGUCGUACAAAAAAAUUGCCUACAAAUUUUCCCUUAAAGAAAACAGAACUGACUUACUUGAGUCACUGGCGUUGAAGGAUUCUCUUCUCCUGGAUGGGCAUGAAGUGAAAGUAGCAUUCGCUUACAUUGUGUAGUCUAAACAGUAUUUCAGAGUCGAAAAUUGUUUUUAAUUAGGAGUCAAUUCUAGUAAUGUUGUGUUUAAUGCUUUCAAAAAGGGAAUUUAACGCUGUGAUGAAAGCAAACUGAGAUCAUAGGGAGAGUUAUCUGAUUUCUCUGCUUGGGAUUACAACUAGACACUAAAGUUGAGGCAGUCUGAGAAUUAUAUUAGAUCUUGUUGAGGUCUUUUCUAAAACUUGAAAAUAGACUAAAUGGAACUUAAGUGCAUCGUAUUGCUCCAGAGAAAAAACUGAGACACUGGGGAAAUAAACAUUAGUCUCAUUUUGGUGUCACACAUAUCUCAUGGUUGUCUAGAAGAACAUGAAACAUUUUUGAGAUCCCAUUUCAAAUUUUCCUUUCCCAGGGAGUUUUUUUUUUCCCCACAUAAUUUUAGCGAAUAAAUUGUUGAAUAUCUUUGAAAUAUUUGUAAUUUUUCCAAUAUUUUACACUUAGGGUGUUGAAAAAGGUUUAUCCUGGUGCACACAUUAUAAAAAAAGAGAAUAUUCAUGUGUAAUGUAAGAACUGAUGAUGAGAGCAAAGUAGUUGAAAAGCCAUGUGUAAAGGCUCUGCUUCUCGUCAACCAAAUUCAAAUUUAAAAGCUCCCUCUAGAUGGCACCAUGUCCUCAAUGGCAAAAGGCCAUGCCUCCUUUUCAGCACUUUGCUGUUAGGAUCAUUUCUCACCUCUUCCAUACAUCAGUCAAAAGAGGAAGAACUGCAUCCAGUUUCAAUUCUGCAAAUCCAUUGAUAUAAACAUUCAUUAGCUUUACCAGAUAAGGUGCUCAUGAACUUACUUAAUAUAUAUUAAUAAAUAAAAGUGGAUGAAUGAGGAUAACUUCCAGCUGAAUAUCCUCAUACAUAGAUGAGAAUGAACAACACUCACAACAUGUUAAUAAAUACAUAUUUUAUUACAUUAAAAUAAAACAAUUAAAAAUGAUCACAGAUUUUUUUUUAUCAUAUAUUGAAAGAAACUAAUGAGAUCAUGCAAGACCUUAAUGUCUCUUUUAAUCCCAAACAACAUCUGGAGUGGAUGCAACCAGUAUAAAUGGACAGUAGAAAAUAAUAGCUGUGCUAUGAAAUAUCUGCCACACUGAGAGGUGGCAUUUUCUUUCACUGCACGCAGUACAAUGUUCCUCAUGAAACACGCAGUCGCGGACCACCUGAGAAGGAUUUUACAACCUUUCUGA